UUGCCUACGAACAACUAUGCCAGCGUUGGUUGAAAGUCGGGUGCUGCUUCUCUGUGGUCUCUUCUGCAUCAUUUCCUUUACAGAUGAAUGUCAACCUGACUCUUGUCCUGUUAAUGCUAUUUGUGCUCAAACCCCUAAUGGCUAUGAGUGCAGUUGCAUUGAUGGGUUUGAAUCAAGGUCCAGAAAACAAGGCAUCAGGGGAAAUAUGGAGUGUGUAGACAUAGAUGAAUGUGCUCAGAGGCCUUCACCUUGUGGCCCUCAUUCUACCUGCAAUAAUACAAUGGGAAGUUACUCAUGCAGAUGUUUAGCUGGAUUCCUGCCUCCCCCUGCAACUGUUUGGAAACCUGGUAUCCAUGGGACUUCCCACUGUACAGAUGUUAAUGAGUGUCUGAACACCAAGGUUUGUCCUGCGCAUGCAAUUUGCACCAACAUGUCUGGGAAAUAUUUUUGCACUUGCAAAAAUGGAUUUGCAACGAGCAGUGGAGAACAGAGGUUUGUGAAUCGAGGAGUAGAAUGUAAAGAUGUUGAUGAGUGUCUGGACACCACAGCUUGCCCUGUGCAUGCAACUUGCAGCAAUACUCUUGGAACAUACUUCUGCACUUGCAAAAAGGGAUUUGCAUCGAGCAGUGGUGAACUGAAGUUUGUGGGUGAAGGAGUAAGCUGUAAAGAAAAUCUCAGCAACUCCUCUGACCUCAAAAACGAAAAUACAGUUUCACAAGACUGUGACAUUAAGCCUAAUACUACCUAUUACCGGGAAAACAGCAGUCAGAUUUAUUCCCAUCUGAGGCGACUAUCGCGGGGAUGUGGAUACGGAAAUGCUGCACUUUCUUUACAGGAAAUUACAAAUUUUUCCGAAGCGCUCUCAAACAACAUGUUCCAAGUGAUUCCUGGGAGAAAGGAGAAGACGAUUCCAUUGGUGACACUCUUUCUGGAGAGUGUGCAAUCAGGUGUAUUCUCGGCUGCCCUCAGACUUUCCGCAAAUGAAACCCUGAGGGAGGAAACUGAGUUUAUGGGUAUUGAAACACGUAAAGUUAAGGGCCCUUGCACAGCGGAGAAUGAGAUAUUCCACCUGAUGGCUAAAAAUGAGUCUUUGAAGAUUCACUGCUCUACAGUUAACAGAGAAGACUUGAAAGGUGCUGUUGUUUUCAUCUCCUAUGCUACCUUGGGGUCCAUCAUGAACGAGAGUAUCACACAAGGAGAACUGCGUGGUUUCCACUUGAACUCUAAGGUAGUGAGUGGAACAAUUGGACUUGGGAAGAAUAUGUCCCUCUCUGCCCCAGUUAACUUCACUUUCCAGCAUGUUCAGGCAUUAACUCCAAAGGAACGGUCCCUCUGUGUCUACUGGAACAACAUAACCUGGUCUAAGCAAGGCUGUGAGGUCAUCUCUGCUGAUGAAAAUCAAACAAGAUGCAGCUGCAACCAUCUCUCCACCUUUGCCGUCCUCCUGGCUUCCACUGAUUUGAAGGAGGACCCUGUGCUGACCCUGAUCACGUACAUGGGGCUGAGCCUUUCUCUGCUGUGCCUCUUCCUGGCCGCUCUCACGUUCCUCCUGUGCCGCGCGAUCCAGAACACCAGUACUUCCCUCCACUUGCAGCUCUCUGUGUGUCUCUUCCUGGCUGACCUCCUCUUUCUCACAGGAAUAAAACGCACGGAGCCUGAGCUGUUAUGUUCCAUCAUUGCUGGGGUGUUACACUAUCUGUUCCUGGCCGCCUUCACCUGGAUGCUCCUGGAAGGGCUGCAUCUCUUCCUCACUGUCAGAAACCUCAAGGUGGCUAAUUACACCAGCGCCAGCAGGUUGAAGAAGAGGUUCAUGUACCCCUUUGGCUAUGGGAUUCCAGCCGGGAUAGUGGCCAUUACAGCAGGAGUUGGCUACCGAGGCUAUGGGACCUCCACUCAUUGCUGGCUCAAGAUAAAAGGAGGGUAUAUCUGGGGCUUCCUUGGACCGAUAGUUGCAAUCAUCACGAUGAAUUUGUCCUUCUAUUUGACCACCCUGUGGAUUCUGAGAGACAAGCUAUGCUCCCUCAAUAAAGAUGUGUCCAAGAUCCAAAACACAAGGACAUUGACAUUUAAAGCCCUCGCUCAGCUCUUCAUCCUAGGCUGCUCAUGGUGCCUUGGGUUUUUACUGAUCGAGCCAAUGGGUGACCUCUUCAGAUCAGUCAUUGCCUACGCAUUCACUAUUACCAACAGCCUGCAGGGAGUCUACAUCUUUGUGGUGCACUGUCUACUCAAUCACCAGGUAAAAGAUGAAUACAAAAAGUGGUUCAAGGGGCUGCAGAAAAGGACUGAAACAGAUUCCUACAUGCUGACUGGCAGUACGACCCAUACCAGAAUGGAAGAGCUUGAGAAAACUACCGACUAUACUAGGAAAAGGGACAGCAGCUAUUCCUGAAAACAUCAAACCGCUACAGACCCAUCGCAAUCCCCUAUCUCCAGUUGAGAAGAGGAAAAUAAUGUGUUUCCCUGUUUACAUCAUCCUGACUGAGAAUUUCUCCUUGGGGGGUGUGGGUGUUAAUAGAAGAGGGAAGCUGAGCAGGAAAUGUGCUUCUGCUAAGUCAUCAAAGAGACAAGAUUUAUAAUAUCUACUAUAUUUGACACUCUGUCCUCAGUUCUAAUUGCUUUGCAAUUUUAUUAAUAGUCGAUAGCUAAAGGAAGCCGGGAGGGUUACAUCCCUCCCCACCACCAGUUUCUCUGUCUUUCUUAGUACCGUGUGUAUUAUUCUGUACAUCACUAAGUUGAAUGCACUGGGCGCAUAAUAAA